CUACAUAAUUGGGUUGGGUUUUGGCCUUCUGGGUUAAGCCUCCACCGUCCACCGGAAUCGGUUGAGACUCUCCGUCGCUCUCCGUCCCCCUCUCUCGCACUGAGAGGAAGCGAAGAAGAAUGCUUCGGGUGUCGGAGGACGGGAACCGGCGGCGCGAGAGCUACGUGGAGAGCUAUCGGCAGCUGGGGCGAUCUCUCCUCGAUCUUGAGCACGCCGCUGAUCGAAUCUUCGAUGCCAUCUCCCAAAGAACUGCCCAGGAGCGGGAUAUGCUCACCGAUAUCUCUCGGAGGAUUCAGCUAGCCAAAGCUAAGAUUGAUGACAUAUCUCGUUCGGAGCGAGCAGUGACCAUCACAUCACCAUCACGGUAUCCAUCAAGUUGUAUCAGUGACAAGGACUUUCAACCUUUAUUUCAGUAUAAGGAUGAAGGAACUGAUCCCGAGUUUCCAACAAAGUUGUUAGUUAAUGGAGGGUUGAAUAGAGAAUUUGGAAUAGAUGGAACCCUUGAGCUUUUUCAGUUUUUUUCUGAAGAAAAUACUGGAUACCCAUCAAAGGAAACCCAGUCAAAGGCGGGAGUCAAGCUUGCCCAUCCAAAAGAUGAUGUAUUUAUCGAGAAUCUUUUUGAAACAUCAAAAUUGAUUGACAAGAGCUCACUGGCAGUGGAUGCCUCAGACUCCACAUUGGUCCCUAAGAAGGAAGAGCUACCACCUCCACCGCCCAGUUUGCUUCUGAAUAAUUUUCGAUCACUUGAGAAAUCAGAAGAUUUCAGAUUUAUAUCUACCAUUGAACCAUCACAUGUUGUCAAGCUUUCAAGUACAAAGGAUGCCAUUUCUGAUCCGGCUGUAGUUUCUGACACAACUACGAGUGGUGGGUAGUCUGUUAAUUGCUUUCUGCAGUGGUAGGUGAAUUUUAGUGGGAGUUUCAGCGUGCGUGGCCUGGAGAAAUUGCGUCCACAGUUACCAUUCAGGUAGACCUCACCUUCAUGAAAACUUACAUUAAAAGGAAUCCGGCUUUCCGUCAUUAUAGCCAUGUAAAUGUCAGAGUGCAUGGCCUGUGGAAUUGUCUCAAGGUGGAUGGCCCCUCAGGCAUUGGACUUUUGAUCCUUGGGGCUCAUGAAAUCUUUGCGUUGAUAUUCUAUGGUAUGUUUGUCUCCAAUGCAGCAACUGAAAGAAAAAGGUAAACUAACAAAAUAAUAAUAAUAAAAUUAGCAAUUUGGUUGCAUUUCUGUCCAUUGGGUCCACCCAAAGACAAUGAAAGGAAACACAUGUCAACUUACAUAUUUGAACUACAAUUUCCAAGGGAAAGGAUAGAGAAAUUUCUCUACGUAAGACUCUCUUAGGUGCUGAUGAGAAAUUUCGCAAAUCCCCUCUCCUCUGUGGGUAUAUGUACGACUUCCAGCUUCCCUCUCAGUUUUGUCUUGUGGAGAGUAAGAGAAACUGAAGUUUUUCUGUAAGGAGAGAGGAAGCCAGCUGACUUCUGUGACCAAUGAGUACAUGCAGAGGAGAGGUUUUUGGGGUACUUAUAUUUCUUCUCACGGUGACUAUGAGUUUGCAGCCUCUUCAUGCAGCAAGGCCAUUAGACAUGCAGCGGUGGCACAGCAUUACAGGUUUGUGGUUGCACUCCCUGCCACAAGGCUCUGUGAGUUCCUCGACAUCAUCGGGCUGCACGAGUAAUCCCAAUAAUCAAAAGGGUCCGUGUCCAACCCCGCCUCAUUGACUAGAUUCUUUCUGGACAAAAACAUUUUGGUUUGGUUGGAUGGUGCCCUUGAGCCUCUUUCACAGCGAUCCGGUGCAGGAAUCUAGUAUGUGAUCUUUAAUAGAAGAGAGGAGGGGGGAGAGGGCUGCUAAUUUCACAUUGUAGCAUUGCUUCUUUCUUGCUGAGUUUUCUAGCUUUCACCUUUGUGUUUGGUGGCAUGGAAAAUGCCAAGUUAGGUUGAGCUAAAAUUUAUGGCGUAAGCAUUGUUGUAAGAGGAAAAAAUGGUCAUUUUGUUUGUUUCAUCUACGUUAGGUCGGAGAUAGACAUGAAAUAUGCGCAAAGGGCUACAGGAUACUGGCCAACGGCAAAUAUUCUGCUAUGAUGACUAAUCUCUCCGCAUCUCCUACUGCGACUUCCCCUUCAACCUCUCAGACGAAUCGGAGGCUCUUGUUGUGCUCCUUCUUGUUCUAUGUAUUUUCCUUCCUUUUCUAUGCAACACUUCCCCUUUCUUUAAUAAAAUUUUGGAGGAAUAGCAGAAGUUUAA